AUGUCUGGAGACUUCUACUAUCCGAUCGUUCCACUCUAUGUCAAUGUCAAUGACAAGGUGGAGGUGUCGUGGUGGUCAACAUUUGCCAAGCGACUGCAGUUCUGGUGCUAUGAGAACGACAACAACCCAGAUCUAGGUUACAUAUACGAGUACGACAUUCCGCAGAAUGGCACGCAAGAUCUGUCGCUGCCAAUGCUGGAGCAGGACGUGAAAGAUUGGAGCGAGCCUGUCGAGUGCGGUAUCAAGUUCUAUGAGAGAGGUGGAACCACGACUAUCUACGCCUCUUCAGUCACCAUAAGCUCCGUUGCAACUCAGCCCGCAUCGAUCUUUGCUUUGUCGUCGACCGUCACGUAUGAGCGGACCACGACAAGCGCGCCGGCCUCGGGCACCGCAUCAACCCCCGCCAACACAGGCAAUACAGCACCGCCAACCGUGACGCCCACCAACCCAGUCGUCACCACAACCUCGAGCGACAGUGCUGGUCUGUCCACAGGAGCGAAGGCUGGCAUCGGCGCCGGUAUCGGUGUUUCCGCGUUGCUUGUCGCGGCGGCUGCAUACUUGUUCUACCGCAACCAUCGCAAGCUAAAAGACCUCAACGCACGACUUAGCUACCAAUCUCAGGCCGAACAAUUCAACAAGCCUCCGGGUGUUGCGGUCGCGCCUCAUGGAAGCAAUGGAAACGAGAGGCCGUACAGCGAGGCUACAAUGUCGCAGAUUCAUUCUUCGCCGCAGGUACCGGUGCAGCUUUCCUAG